AACGAGUCCGUGCUGUGAAAAAAGAGAAGAUAUCUCACUCGGUUUAAACUUUGUUGAACCAGAAUCCUUGAACCAAACUGAACGCUCAUUGGUUCCUGUUUACCAAACCCGUCUCUGAUUGGUCAGCUGGGUUUCCUCAACUGAGUGUGUCAUUUUUAGCGAGACCCAGCACUCUCCGUUUUUUGUUUUUUACUCAUAAAAAUUCCAGCUAGUGUGAAAAUGGCAGAAAUAUCGGAGUGCAAGUUUUAUUUUAAUCCUCUUCCUGCUAAAAAGUUUUCAUUUCUACAGGACAAAGAAACACUGGCGCUGUUAAUGAAAUGGUCCAUGCUCGGCAGGAUUUCAGCCCAGACCUUCAGUUUCGACCAUAAUUUCCUGCAUUACAACAGUGAAAAGUUUGCUCUGGACUUUUUCAAGGAUCCGGUGGUGGUUUUCGGUCUGAAACACUUGGUGUCUGGAGUUUGGGUACCUCUUGAUAAACCUGUGGUAUCUGUGCAUGUGGAGCCCGUGCCAUGUUCCAGGGUCUCCACAGAUCUGUUUGAUCCGCUCUACACUUGUGGCAUCCUGAGGCCAUCGGGACUCGUGGUGAAAUGCCUCCACGAGGUUCACCAGGACUAUGAUAAACUCCGACAGAUGUUAAAGGAAAAAGAAUUCUGUGUAGUUGGACGUGAGGACAGAGCAGAGUUUCUCUUUUGCCUCUUCAAACACCUCUGUCUGGGAGGAGAGCUUUGUCAAUACGAGGACUCCGUUGAUCCUUACAUAAGAACCACAAAGAAGAUAUACAGAGACCUGAUCAGUGUGCAGAAAGAUCCGGAGACAAAGAAGAUCAGUGUUGUCUCCAAAGUCUUCAGAGUGUGGGUCUAUGAUGAGUCUGGUCGAUGUUUCCCUGCAACGCCAGAGGAGGAUCAAACAUUUGCUUACAUGAUCGUCGACCCUCAGAAACGACACGUCACUUUGUUCUGCCACUUCUACGGAAUAGGAAACUUCACGUUUUAAGGAAUUGUCCUGUUGCUUCAUGGAGAAAUGGAAAAUGAUUCUGAUGUGAGCAGCUAAAAACAAUUCAGUUGGGUUACAGAAAGGGUCAAAAUUUCUAUUUUUCUUUUAAAAGUCAGUUUAGAAAGUUUUAAUUGAAUUAGCUCCAGUCAUGUGUUUUUAGAAAGAACAGAAGUCAAGUGUAAUUCUGCACAUAAUAGCUAGUUUCUUUGGCAACAAGCCACAGUCAACAAACAACACAAUGCAGCAUUUACAGUCGAAAUAACUUUAUUGAAACAAAUAAAUUAAUAAUUUAGUCGUGA